AUGUCCAAACCAACCAUUGCCUUCCUCGGUGCCACGGGCGGCUGCAUCAACGCCUGCCUCGCCCACACCCUGCAAACCGGCUAUCACGCCGUCGCACUAGCCCGCACGCCAUCCAAGCUGACGGCCCUCCUUCGCACCCAGAACAUCGACCAAGAGACCCUGGACUCACGACUCCGCAUUGUGACCGGCGAUGCGACCGACCCGGAGGCCGUGAAAAGUACGCUUCUUCUGCAGCCUGGCUUUCCUACUGAUCCUACGACAUCAGCAUCCUCACCAACACCAACCCUGGUAUCCCAUAUUAUCUCAGGAAUCGGUGCCACAGGCAACUUCCGUGGCUGGUGCUUCGAAUUUGACCAGCCGCAUAUCUGCGAAGAAGCCACACGGGCACUCCUCACUGCCCUGCGAAACAUCUACGCCACGUAUCCGGAGUUCAUGCUGCCUGCAAAUGUGAAAUCCAGACCGCUCCUCACCGUCCUCUCUGGCAUGGGCGUCGACCCGAGCCAGAAGCAGAUGGAUGUGCCGUUCUUGUUGCGUCGGGUGUAUCAUGGGCUGCUGCAUGUGCCACAUGCGGAUAAGUGGGUGAUGGAGGAGAUGCUGGCGAAGAGGGAGGCGAGGGAGUUUUUUCGGGGUGUAAUCACGGUGAGGCCGGGGAGUUUGUUGACCGGGGAUCAUAUGCUGGGUUCUGGAUAUGGGUAUGAGAAGGUCCGUGUGGGGACGGAGAGGGAGGAGCCUUCCGUGGGAUGGACUAUUCCCAGGGCGGAUGUGGGCGAAUGGGUGUUUCGUGAGGUGGUGGUCAUGGGGGGUGGGAGGUGGGUGGAUGAGAAGGUGACAUUGACUUGUUGGUAG